AUGCCGAACAGGUUCGACGAGCGCAAGAGAAAGAUCCUGGAACAGCUUGCCAUCCCGGACCAGGAAUACACCGACCUCUCGCCCAAAGGAUCUGUGGACGAAGGCGUUCGGGAGCUUUGCGAUAAGAUCAAUGGUCUUGAUGAUUAUGUGACCACGAGCAGUUGCGCAGGCCGAGUGGCGGUCUUUCUUGAGGGCGCACUCAAAUCCAACACAGCUGAAGACGGCGAGCCUGGCCCGAUGGCGAUUCAGGGCGGAAAAGGUGGCGGGCGAUGGUUGUACGUCUCCCACGAGCCCGUGGCUGCCUGUAGACUUCAAUCCGAUGGUUCGACCUAUGAAUUCUUCGGCAUUGGUAGGCAAGAUGGCCCCUCUUCCUCAGAACCACCUUCACGGUUUGUCCAUUUCAAAUUUGAGCCUAUGGUAAGUUCAAUCCGACGAUAGUGUGCCGCUAUUGGGAAGAUCCAUAGUCUACUCUCAUCAUUAGGUAAAUGCUUUCACCACCAACUCAAAUUGCUCUGCUGACUGAGUUCGAAGAUCCUCCACAUCUUGGCGUCGUCACUAGAAAGCGCACAACACGUCCAUUCAGCAGCGAUGUCUGCCGGCUUUCGUGAGAGUGGCAUCUCCGGCAUCACGGGUCCUGCGCCUACUCCCAUGGUAGCGGUGCGCACCCAGGGACUUGCCUUUGACUGCAUUGUUGCCUACGAAGACUCUCGAGGUAACAUCAAAGCCAUGGUGUCCGAAGACUACAUGCAAUCGCUCGUGACGAUAGCCAAUCAGCGAUUCGUUGUCAACAAGGAUCGGAAGGAGAGGUUUAGACGGGCACUACUUAACCUCGACUCAAAGCCAGUGGCGGAGUACAGCGAUGGCUGGGAGCCUGCCGAUGUUCGCAGAGAGCGUAAGCGGGCAGAAGGACUUCGAAGGAGAGAGGAACUGCGGCAGGGGGAGACUGAGAUGGUCCGCCGCGUGUCUGACUGUCACGAAGCUGAUUCUCCCGGUGGCCUUUUUCCCGUUGAUGCUCCUCCGUAG